GUUGGAAUGGUUGGACUGGUAGUUGACUAAUAAUUAUUGAGCUGCAGUACUGUUACAAUCACAUGGAAUUCCUCUUCUGUGGCUCCGAGAAAUGCAGGUUACAUACUACUAAGUUGUUUAUGGACGGCCCGUCAGAAGUGCGGAAAGGUGCAUGGACAAGGGAAGAAGAUGUUCUGCUAAGGACGUGCAUUGAAAAGUAUGGAGAGGGAAAGUGGCAUCAGGUUCCUUUCCGAUCGGGGUUGAACCGCUGCCGGAAAAGCUGUAGACUGAGGUGGUUGAACUAUCUGAGGCCAGAUAUCAAGAGAAGAGAAUUCACGACCGAUGAAGUUGAUCUCAUUAUAAGGCUUCACAGGCUGUUGGGCAACAGAUGGGCAUUGAUUGCUGGUAGGCUUCCGGGAAGAACUUCAAACGAUGUAAAGAAUUACUGGAACACCCACCAGAGCAAGAAGUACUUUGGUAAAGCGGGUAAAGAUGUAGCUGACAAGACAGCCAAAGUCACAGUUAUAAAUACUUGUCCUCGGACCUUCUAUAAGAACCUAUCUUAUUUAAAAGGAAAAGCAGCAAAAGAAAGUGAUGUCCAAUCAGCAGAUCAUACUCUUAGCAAGCCAUAUUCAACGCCACCUCUGUCAGAGGAUGGAUUUUCAUGGUUGGACAGCUUAUUUUCUGGCAAGGAAGGCCAAAAAGAAAGCACAUGUUUCAGAGAUGGAUCAGCGAACGAAUCCAUUUCAAGCUUCUGGGAUGAGGAAACUCCAGCAGCUACGAAAGUAGGGGAGACUUUUCUAGAAGAGAAGGAAAGUGACUGGAACCACUUCUCUUUCGAUGUGGACCUUUGGGAUCUUUAAAACGCGUGACAGGAAACCGUAAUACAGUAAUGGUCUUCAAGGUUAUCAAUCCUUUUUCCAUUCUUUAGCUAAGAUAUGGCUGCAUGUCCAAUCAUAAGUUCGUUCUUAUCCAAGCUGCUUCAAUGUCGCCCUCUCCAAGUUUCCAACCGAUUUGAAGUUAUUUUAUUUUCAUGUGUCUCAGGCCAGCACCAAAAACUUGCGGAUAUAUAUCAUUAUUAUGGUGAUUUACUCUGCUAAUUAAUGGGACGUUGCUGCUGUGCCUCCUUUUUUGGAAUUAAUGCCGUGUCUUUUACGAAUACAUAUUUAUUAAGAACCGGUAUUAUAUUAAUUGUCA